AUGGCUCUUCCUACACCUCCCGACCACUGCUGCAUCUGUGUUUCACCUUAUGUUCAUGUGUCUCUUAGGGAUCCACCAUAUGAACCUCCUUCUGUCUCAGAGCUGCAGGAGUUCCUGCUAGCAGACAGAAGACCCACUGGACAUGUCAAUCAAGUCUGGCCAAACCUUUACAUAGGCAACGAGGUGGCGGCUCGUGACAAGGGCACUCUCCACAGUCUGGGUAUUACUCACAUUGUCAAUGCUGCUCAUGGAAGUCAACAUGUCAACACCGGCCCACGUUUCUACAGAGACAUGACAGUGGAUUAUUAUGGGGUGGAGGCUGACGAUGCAAUACACUUCAUCCUUAGUCCUUUCUUCUACCCAACAGCACGAUACAUCAGAGCUGCACUGGCCAUGGGAGGACGGGUGUUUGUCCACUGUCUGAUGGGUGUGAGCCGCUCUGCUACCUUAGUGCUGGCAUUCCUGAUGAUUGUUGAGGGCCUGAGGCUGCAGGAGGCGGUGGCCGCCGUCAGGCCGCACAGAGACAUCUCCCCCAACCCAGGCUUCCUGCAGCAGCUCCGCAGCCUCGACAUGAGCCUGGAGAGGGAGAGGAGGAGGCGACGACAGGCCCAAACACUGUAA